CAAUGCCUCAGUCAUGGCGUCUAAUGGCAGUAAUAAUCGUAUAUUUAUGGCCGAUCCGUACGAAAUGCUUAAUCCGUCGGUUAUAAAUCCAGCAUUUACGCCGAUAAUAGUGACGCAUGCCAUCACAUUUUUGGUGGGAAUAGUGGGCAAUAUAUUAGUGAUCGCCACCUGGUCUUUAAGGGGACGACUCCGGUCGCCGACGGCUGUAUUCCUGGUCAGUUUGGCGGCCGCCGAUCUGCUCCUCCUAUUAGUGUUUGUGCCGUUGGAAACGUUGGAGUAUUUCGUGAUAAGUUGGGACACCGGAGGAAAUAUAUGUAAAAUGAGUUCUUAUGUCGAAAUGCUCUCAGGAAUGGCUACCGUCUUAAAUCUGGUGGCAGUCAGUAUUGAGAGAUUUUUAGUGAUAGUGUAUCCAAUCAAAGCGCGGUCGUGGUGUACAAUGAGCUCAACGCGAAAGGGUUUGGUGUUUGUAUGGAGUUUAGCCAUUCUGUUGGCCACACCUGUUCUUCUCACUAAAAGUAUAUAUUCCAUGACUUAUUACAACAAUUCAACACAACUGACAGCUUAUUAUUGUUGGGAUUCUGACGACGAUCUGGCCUUUGCUGUCGCUGUCUAUCAGUUACUCGUGAUCAAACAUAAAGGCCGGGAAAAAUACGAAUAA